AUGACGCGACCACACCACGAUAUGAAGCGACCACACCACGAUACGACGCGACCACACCACGAUACGACGCGACCACACCACGAUACGACGCGACCACACCACGAUACGAAGCGACCACACCACGAUACGACGCGACCACACCACGAUACGAAGCGACCACACCACGAUACGACGCGACCACACCACGAUAUGACGCGACCACACCACGAUAUGAAGCGACCACACCACGAUACGACGCGACCACACCACGAUACGACGCGACCACACCACGAUACGACGCGACCACACCACGAUACGACGCGACCACACCACGAUACGACGCGACCACACCACGAACCAGACGAAUAA